AUGCUCCCUGCCCGGCCUCUCCUGCACGCUGCGGUGUUUGCCCUUGCAGCCCUUCAGGCCCUUGCCCCCGACACCUUCAUUGCAGCCAUCUACGAGCACGCAGUCAUCCUGCCAGAUGCCACUGACGAGCCUGUUUCUCCUGACGAUGCUUUGGCCCUGAUGAACAAAAACAUGGAUAUCUUGGAAGGGGCCAUCAAGGAAGCCGCCCAGCAGGGCGCCCACAUCAUUGUGACUCCCGAAGACGGCAUUUACGGCUGGCGUUUCACAAGAGAAACCAUCUACCCCUACCUGGAGGAUAUCCCUGAUCCGGCAGUGGACUGGAUUCCCUGCACCGAUCCCACAAGAUUUACUCCAGCACCAGUGCAGGAACGACUCAGCUGCAUGGCCAGGAAUAACUCCAUCUAUGUGGUUGCAAACAUUGGGGACAAGAAGUCGUGUAACUCCAGCGAUCCCGGCUGCCCCAGCGAUGGUCGCUAUCAGUACAACACCGACGUCGUCUUUGACUCAGAGGGGAAACUGGUGGCUCGUUACCACAAGUAUAAUCUCUUUAUGUCAGAAACUCAGUUUAAUUACCCUAAAGAGCCAGAAGCUGUCACCUUUGAGACCCCCUUUGGGAAGUUUGGCAUUUUCACAUGCUUCGACAUCCUUUUCCGUGAGCCUGCCGUGGUCCUGGUGAGCGAGUUGCAGGUGGACACCGUGCUCUUCCCCACGGCUUGGAUGAACGUCCUGCCCUUUCUGACUGCAAUUGAGUUUCACUCUGCCUGGGCUAUGGGCAUGGGUGUCAACUUCCUAGCUGCCAAUACACACCACACCAGCAUGUCUAUGACAGGGAGUGGUAUUUAUGCACCGGAUGGAGCCAGAACAUACUACUACAAUAUGAAAACUGAGGAUGGUCACCUCCUCGUUGCUGAACUAGAUUCACACCCUCGCCUUUCUCCUGCCUCCCCACCUGCUGUCAACUGGAGCUCAUAUGCUUUGAGUGUCGAAAGAUUCUCACCGAAUAACCAUGAAUUCAGAGGACUCAUCUUCUACGACUGGUUCAAUUUCACUGACCUCACUAAGCCUGAGGGGAAUCUCACUGUUUGCCAGAAGGACCUCUGCUGUCACUUGAGCUACAAGAUGGCAGGAAAACAAGAAGAAGAAGUUUAUGUGCUAGGUGCUUUUGAUGGGCUUCAUGUUGUUGAAGGACAAUACUACCUGCAGAUAUGCACGCUGCUCAAGUGCCAGACCACAGACCUGAACACGUGCGGGCAGCCGGUGGAGACGGCUCAGACCAAGUUUGAGAUGUUCUCCCUUAGCGGCACCUUUGGUACCAACUAUGUCUUCCCGGAAGUCUUGUACAGCGGGGUGCAGCUGGCCCCCGGGGAGUUUGAGGUAUUAAAAGAUGGGCGCUUGAUAAGUAAGACAAAACCAACAAAACCAGUCGUCACUGUGACUCUUUUUGGACGAUGGUAUGAAAAGGAUCAUCUGAAAUAAGACCCACAACCACCAGCCUUCCCAUGAUGGAACAAUAAAUGAAGCUGUACACUAUUAAUCUCAUGUCUAAAUGAGAUAGAGCAUCCUCUACUACAACAAUCCCCAUUAUGUGUCUUAUUUCCAGUUGCACGAACUUCUUAUCAAUGUGCUUUGUUUAGUAACAAUGCAGCAAUAUUAU